UUCUGGCAACAAACUAACAUGUGCUUCAACUGCUAAGCAAUUCUUAAGGGAUUGACUUCUAUUCCAAAUCAAAAAUCCCCCCUUUUUCUUCUUCUCCCUCAUAAUAUAUAUUUUCUUGAGAGUAGUGUUUGUUUUUAUAGGAAUUCAUUUCCCACUGUAGAGAGAGAUGUCUAGUACAAGAGUAAUAAUUCACGACCCCUUCAAAGCAUGGAAGUUCCUGGUUAUCCCAACAAUCAGAGUCAUCUCUACAUGUGCCUUUUAUCUCUUUUGCACCAUCGCAUCCAUCUCCUUUAUCUUCUACUUUGCUUUCACAAGCCAAACACAGGGUUGCCCCCACUGCCGUCGAAUGAUCGUGAACCAGAAAUUCACAAACAGUAAUAUCACCACGGGGUACGAAAAUACAAACAUAUCCCAUAUCGUGUUUGGCAUCGCAGGGUCGACCAAGACAUGGAACAAGCGCAAGAAUUACACUGAGCUAUGGUGGAGGCCUAACAUCACUCGCGGCUUCGUUUGGCUCGAUGAGAAGCCUCCAGACAAUGUUACUUGGCCUAAGACCUCACCACCGUACAAAGUCUCCGGUGACAUAUCUAGGUUCAAGUACACAUGCUGGUAUGGUUCGCGUUCGGCGGUUCGGCUUGCCCGUAUUGUGAAAGAAAGCUUUGAGUUGGGGUUAAACAACGUGAGGUGGUUCGUGAUGGGUGACGAUGAUACAGUUUUUUUCACUGAAAACUUGCUUACUGUGUUAUCGAAAUAUGAUCAUAAUCAGAUGUAUUACAUCGGAGGGAAUUCAGAGAGUGUGGAACAAGAUGUUGUAUUCUCUUAUACAAUGGCCUAUGGAGGUGGUGGAUUCGCCAUUAGUUAUCCUUUGGCCGCCAAGCUUGUUAGGAUUUUAGAUGGGUGCAUUAAUCGUUACGCCAAUUUGUACGGCUCUGAUCAAAAGAUCCAAGCUUGUUUGAGUGAGAUUGGCGUACCACUCACCAAAGAGCUUGGUUUUCAUCAGGUUGACAUAAAAGGGAACCCAUAUGGUUUAUUAGCUGCACACCCUUUAGCACCAUUGGUGACCCUGCACCACCUAGACUCUAUCCAGACACUAUUUCCGAACCUGACUCAGCUCGACUCGUUCAAGAAGCUAAUCAGUGCUUAUAAUAUGGACCCAAGUCGAACCCUGCAACAUAGUUUCUGUUACGACUUGAAACGCAAUUGGUCUGUAUCGGUGUCUUGGGGUUACGUUGUCCAAUUAUAUCCAUCGUUGAUAACGGCUAAGGAGCUCGAAACUGCAUUUCUGACAUUUCAGACGUUUAGGACCUCGAGUGAAAAGCCCUUCACGUUUAAUACACGGCCAGUCGGUACAGACCAGUGUAAAAAACCGGUUUUGUAUUACUUGGAUCGGGUUCAGAGAGUUGGUGUGAGUCAAUCACUCACAACGUAUAAAAGGCAUGUUGAAGACUCGGAAAUUGGGUGCGGCCGUGUUGACUACGCUUCUGCCUUGAUUGUUCCAUCUUUCAACGUCUCGGCUUCAAGUUUCAACCCUGACUUGUGGAAUCAGGCACCACGUAGGCAAUGCUGCGAGGUCGUCGACGGUUCAGACGGGGUAGAGAGAGGGAUUCAGGUCAACAUUAGAAGCUGCAAUCAAUUUGAGAGUGUAACUCCUCCAUAGAUGAUAGAAGAAUAUGUCAACACGUAUUGAAGAUAGUGAAAUACUUUUGACUCUUUGAAGUGCCAAGACAAUGACUGAAGACAAGCAUUGAGUCCAAUUCCUGAUGGCCAUGUAGAUGGAAUUCUAGCCUUUUGUCCUUAUUUUUAAAAAAAUUUAGCAAUAUUCUAUGUUUUGAAACUAUAUUGAUUUUUCUAUUUUAUAUUU